GGGAGCAAUUUUAAUCAAAGGCGCGCAAUCGACUGGGCGCUAUUUGACGCGUGGUUUCGUCGUUUUGCCUUUUUCUGUCGGUUUCGGGCGUUUCUCAUUGCUGCAUUAGACCUUGUAUUUGCUUGAAUAGAUUGUGAUUACUAAAAAUUUUCUUGCUUUAUAAAUUUUUUGUUCUGACGUUCGGAAAAUCUCCUACAGAAGGAUGACAACGUUAAAAGUCGGUGAUUUUGUUUGGGCGAAAAUGACAGGAUAUCCAUAUUGGCCUGGAAAGAUUGUGGAAGAGGACAAGGAUGUUAAAAAACCGAAAGGAAAGUCAGAGAUGCAUUACGUUAGAUUCUACGGAACUGGAGACCAUGCAUGGACAAAAGUUGAAUUGAUAAAGCCAUAUGAAGAAAACAAAGAAACAUUCUCUGUUGCAAACAAACGUCCAAAUUUUAUCGACGCUGUAAAAGAAAUUGAACAUGCUUCUGAAAGAAGGGGAAAAGGCAUCCCAGACACAAGCUCAGAAGAAGAAGAAUCUGAAGAUGAAAAUGGAAGUGAUGAUGAACCAUUGUCAAAACACGCUAAAAUUACUUCGAAAAAAGCAGAAAAGACAACGAAAUCAACACCGAAGCGAAGGAAGCAACCUAAGAAACAGAAUUAUCCAAGCCGAGAACAGUUGACACUGCACCAUCACGAUCUCUCUCAUUACCUACUCACACGAAGUUUAGAAAACAAUACACCUCAAAAUGCUGCCCAUAAACCCUCAUCUUAUAAUAGAUUCAGUUCUGAUACUCCCGACAUAAAAUUGCCGUCUUCCAGAAGGUCACCCGAUACAACUGCAGAUGCAGAUAGUACGACACAUUAUAUACCACGAGAAGUCAUGGCAACUGAUAAAAAAAUCGGUUUUAUUGGACUUGGAAUUAUGGGAAGUAGUAUGGCCAGGAAUCUUGUCGAGACUGGACACGAUGUUACUGUGUGGAAUAGAACACAAGAUAAGUGUACGUCUGUUAUAAAAGCCGGAGCUAAGCAAGGAUCUUCUCCUGCAGACGUUGUACAACAAUGCGAUAUUAUAUUUUCUUGCGUCGCUGAUCCAAAUGCGGUUAGAGAUAUCGUCAUCGGCAACUACGGAGUUCUUCAGGGAAUGUCGUCAGGAAAAGGAUUUGUCGAUAUGUCAACAAUUGACGUUGAUACUGUCAAGGAAAUUGCCGAGGCAAUAUGCAUGAGAGGAGGCCGAUAUUUGGAGGCUCCUGUCAACGGAAGUAAAAAGGAAGCGGAACAUGGUCAAUUGGUGAUACUUGCAGCUGGCGAUAGAUCUUUAUACAUGGAUUGUUAUUCAAGUUUCGAAGCAAUGGGGAAAAAGACGUUCUUUUUAGGCGAACUCGGAAACGGUGCAAAAAAUAAAAUUAUAAUGAGCAUGAUGAUGGGAUCUUUCAUGGCAUCCAUAUCAGAAUCUUUAUCUCUUGCUGAGAAGGCAGGACUAGAUCAAUAUACGUUACUCGAAAUAUUGAAUAUGGGUGCUUUAUCCUGUCCUCUCGUCAAAUCAAAGGGAGCGGCCGUUCUUGAGGGUCAUUUUCCUGCGAACUUUCCACUGAGACACAUGCAAAAAGACUUAAGACUUGGAUUACAAAUCGGAGAAGAAUUGGAACAACCAUUGCAUAUAGCUGGUGCUUCUAACGAGCUGUACAAAAGAUCCAAAGCAAUGGGAUAUGGAGAUAGAGAUAUGGCUUGCGUUUACCGAGCUGUUAACGCUUGAAGAUAGCCAGUGGAAUUACUAUUAAAACUGAACAUGAAAUACCAACUUUAUGUGUUGAAAACAAACAGUCCACGAAAAAUUUGAAAUAGUCAAGGGUCAAAGUUGAAUUCCCCAAUCUGUAUAAAUCCUCAAGUUUGGUUUGUAUCAUAUCAAAUCAAACAUGGUUCAAUCAUUGACCAUGUAUGAUAUUGUGGUAUAUCCACUUUUUAUUCUUCUUAAAUGGUGUCGUUAUGUCCAAUUUUCAGUUUAAAAUUUUUUCAAAGUUAAAGAGAAAAUAUUGGCUGAUGUGAUUUUAUAGUCUGUAAAACAUGUUUCAAUGUCCAGGCGGUUGACUAUAAUUCUAUUUUCCUAUGGUCUUUGUAGUUUAAUUGUUCUGGUAACCAAGGAUAGCCAGUUUGAAUAAUUUGCUAGUCCGAAUACAUUCUGAAUUUUUGAAUAUGUAAAGUCGGUGUAUAUCCAUUUAGUGCACAAUAGUUGUUUCUUUCUAUUGAUCGUCCAUUUUUUCACAUGGUCAGAAGUUGAAUGAUGUAUCAUAUUUUAUCUCGUUAACGAUAAUUCAUUUUUUUCUUUAAAAAAUAUCAUGGUUGCCAAAUUUAGGCUGUUGAAUUAUGGGUAAUAUUCCAGUUCGUAUUUCCGAUCAUGUAAUAACUUCGUUUUUCAAUGUAUUUUGUUAUUUUUUUUUAGCUUUUCUGUGCUCUUUGAAAAUAAAAUCACUGAAAAUUCAA